GUCAGAAGGAAAAGUUGAGAGUUUCUCUCUCCUGGGUUUUGGCACCCAGCUCUUUUCCAAGGAUGAAUUUCACGAUUUUGCUUGAUUCUUGAGCUAUGAUAUGUGUUUUUCCUUGUGUUUCUUGGUCGUUUUUUCUCCUAUAAUCCCAUUUCGAUUGAAUCUGGUAUUACAAGGUGAUUGGCGACUAGAAAACCUAGAUUUUCCGAUUUGAAGAGCGUCGUAUUACUGUUCACGAACCUGGAUUUUGCGUUUCGACUUGAGGCGGUUUGAUAUUGCUCUGUUCUAAUUCAAUCCUGAAUACAUUUCCAUCCUUGGAGUUGUUGCUGGGAUGAUGCUUAUUGGACUUCGUUAGUAGCAAAACUCAGCCGACUUUUAGUAGCCGCAAUUUCUAUUUUCAGGUCAAGUUUCAGUUCUGCGAGGGGCUUUAAUCAAGUGUUCUCUGUCUUUUGAGGUCUGUUUGUGGUUGGUUUGGGCGUUCUUUUUCUCACACAGUUGCUGGGACGAAGGCCUUUCUUUUUCUCACAGUUGCUGGAACGAACGCAUCUCCUGCGCCAGUUUACUGGCCUUGGCAACCUAGGGUUCAGUGCUGCGGUUUUUGUGAAUUUAAAAUACUGCUAGAGGUACCUGUGAUGGGAAGAACGAAGCAGGUGGCUGGGGAGGCUUCCAAUUCGAGAUACACCAGGUCCAAAUAUGCAGCUUUACAGGAUUUGGAAGAAGACUUCCCAGUUCUAAACUCUGAAAAAAAGGCAGGGGAGUUUGCUGUGAAGUCAGGCAGAUCUAAGGCAGUGGUUCCAAACAAAACCUGCCAGAUUGAGAGUGAAAAGCAAGAGACCAUGGCUGAGACGGGGGCUGUCAUUAACCAGACUCCUGGUGCAAACGGGAAUGCUGAGACUUCACUUGAUAUCCCAAAUCCUGGGAAUAUAGGGACUGAUGCGAAUGCUGGACACAUAAAGGCUGCUGGUCGAGCUCUGGCAGAAGUGAAAGCUCCAUCACCUGCUGUUACUGCUGCUGGGAAGUCAGCGUAUUCCACUGCUGUUGCACCUGUGGCAGUAAAUGCCUCCCAAGAAAAUGUGAGGCCCGCUGCUGAGUCUUUAGGAGCUUUUAGAACUUCAAGCAAACAACCUACUGCCAGUGAAGUUAUGCGAAUUGGGAAUGUGGGAGGAGUGGAUAUUGUGCAGCCAGAAAUGAUGCAACCUGCUAGGCCUUGGUCUUCACUUUUUAAAGACAACCGUGACCCUUCCAACGGGCUCAAAUUGAGGUAUAUCCCGCCCAAGGGCAACUCAUUAGACUUUAUUGAUAGGAAUUUACCCUCCAUGGUUGAGAUGUGGGGUUUUUUCCUUGUUGGACACUUUACUGGAAAACAUCCCGGCCUUAAGGCUAUCUAUGCCUUAAAAAACUCAUGGGGUGUUAGGUGCAUAGUUAAAUCCCAUCAAAAGGGGUGGGUAAUUUUUAAGUUCCAUAACGACGAAGAUAGAGAUAAGGUGUUGAAGGGGGGGACCUUAUACCAUUUAUGGGAUUCAACUUAUGCUAAAAACACUAUCCGAAGAUUUUUCGUUUGAUGAUGAUGAAUUUCUGAAGGUUCCGAUUUGGGUUAAAUUUCCAAAUUUACAUAUGAAACUUUGGAAUGAGGAUGCGAUGAGUAAGGUUGCUUCCAUGGUUGGGGUUCCUUUAUCUACGAAUAAAGUAACCCAGGAUAGGAGUAAUCAUUUCUAUGCUAGAGUGUUGAUUGAGGUUGACGUUUCCAAACCACCGCCGCUAUCAUUUCCUAUUCGACUACCUUCCCGCAAAGUAGUCACUCAGUAUGUGGUUUAUGAGACCUUUCCUAACUACUGUUUCCAUUGCAAAGAAUAUGGGCACCACCCAUUUAUUUGCAAGAAAUUGGCAACUAAAGAACGGGAAAUGGCGGAGCUAAAGGAAGAAAAUGGGAAAGAAAAGAACAAGGAAGUUGGUAUUAUUGAAGCUGUUGCACAAGAUGCUUUGAAGGAAAACAUUGCCACAAAACCUGAUGUGCUUGAACCUGCUGCCCCGGAACCUGAUGCCCCGGAACCUGCUGCUACGUUGGAACCGGAUGCCAAAACGGAUGAAUCGGCUGCUGUGGCCGAAUCAGAGGAGGAAGAUGGCACAGAAGAUGAGGAAUCAGAUGAUGAGUCGAGAGAUGAAGAGGAACAGAGAAUUCUUGAUGAGUACUGGGAAAAAAUUACACAAUAUAAGGAGAUGAAGAAAAAGAUGGAAGCUGAGUCUGCUCAAACAGGUUUAGGCUAAUUUGAUACAGUUAAAUUCUGGCUUGUUAUUUGAUGAACUUUUGAUUAGGUGUGAAAUGGGACUUGUCCCGUUAUUUACUUUGUGAUGCAUUAUGCUUAGGUUAGAGUUUUCUAACUUAGGUAGUCAUAUUGAUUUUGUACGACACAUUGUAAAAUGUUAUUUUUGGAUGCUUUAUAUAUACUUACAUUUCAUCCAAAA